CUCUCUCUCUCUCUCUCUCUCUCUCUCUCUCCUCACUUUCUCUCUCUACCCACCAAUCCAUCUUUAAGGACUGCCCUUCGUCCCACUGAUUGCUUUCUCAUAUGAAAUGAGCAUGGCAAGGAGCUUGCAGGACUCCUCCUCCAAGAGACACUUCCACUGGACAAACAAAGUUGGCAACGAAGAAGAAGAUGAAGAUGUUGAUCAUGUUGAUCUGCCGAGCCUCAACUCCUCCUCCUCCUCCUCCUCCUCCUCGUCGAAAACAAAAUCUGAUGAGGAGGAGAAGAAACAAGAGCAUGAUCAUCAUCAAAAACAACAGCAUGGUCCUGUGGUUCAUCAACUUCCGAGGAGGAAACUGCAGGCGGCUGCGGUUUCCAGGAUGAGGUCAGUCCUUAACGCUUUUGGUAAGAACCGAUCCAGCCUACCACUCGGGCUUGGACCUCGAGUGGUAGGCACACUUUUCGGCUCCAGGCGUGGCCACGUACACUUUGCACUCCAGAGAGACCCAAGCUCACACCCGGCCUUCUUGAUCGAGCUCGCCACCCCGAUCAGCGGGUUGGUUAAAGAAAUGGCAUCCGGGCUCGUCAGAAUUGCGUUGGAGUGUGACAAGGAUCACAAAGACGAUCAUCAGAAAAAGAAAGAUGAGAAAGCUCCGAGGUUGCUGGAAGAGCCAGUGUGGAGAACUUUUUGCAACGGUAAGAAAUAUGGUUUUGCUAGCAGAAGAGAAUGUGGGGCCAAGGAGUGGAAGGUGUUGAAAGCUGUGGAGCCCAUUUCAAUGGGGGCUGGAGUGCUACCGCCGUCUGCGGUGGUGGACGGGAAUGAAGCUGAAGCCGGGUCCGAAUCCGACGGGGAACUAAUGUACAUGAGGGCUAAGUUUGAGAGAAUUGUUGGGUCUAGAGACUCUGAGGCCUUCUACAUGAUGAACCCUGAUAGCAAUGGAGCUCCUGAGCUCAGUAUCUACUUGCUCCGAGUCUAAUAAACCCGAAAAGCUGCACGAAUUCGCGUCGCCGCCGCUCGAAUUUCCAGUAUGUGUGCUUCAGUUUAGCUCUGAUCAAACUGGAAAUUGGAGGUGUAGCUAGUUCUCUCCAAGUAGUUUUUUCUUUUCUUUUUGGUAUUAAAUUUCUGUUUUAUUUUGUGCUUUGGUAUAUUUGGAGAAGUGGGGUUUAUUGUAUUUUUCAUAUUUUGUUUUGUUUAGGCUUAGUUGGUGGAGGGAAAUACAUUAGAACAUGAUGGUAGCUGUGGGGGUAUAUGUUAAUUUGUAAUUUUUUGUUAAUUUCUUCUCUUUUCUAGUACUGAUUUUUUUUUUU